UCACAGUCUAGUAUUAGCAAUCGUUUUGGUAGUCUGCCAACGGAGCCCCAACCCACAGAGUUAUCGAAACCUCUAUGGAAAUCAGGAUCAUACACCAUUUUUGGAACACCUCAUGAGCCUCAGUGCAGGAACAUUAAGGUUUUUGCAAGAAGGUGAAAGAUAUAUGAGAAAUGAGCUGAAUGACAUAACUCCAGAGCAAGAUGAUUUAUACGAUUUCAUCGUCAUUGGAGCUGGAACGGCAGGUGCAACCAUAGCCUCCAGAUUAAGUGAAAUAAAAAACUGCACAGUGCUACUCAUCGAAGCAGGACGUAGUGAAAAUUUAUUAAUGGACGUCCCACUGUUGGUCAACUUGUUGCAAUUUAGCGAUGAUGUCAAUUGGAAAUACAGAACAGAAUCGUCGGACAAAUAUUGCUUAGGGAUGAAUGAUCAAAGAUGCAGCUGGCCUCGAGGUAAGGUUAUGGGAGGCAGCAGUGUUCUGAAUUACAUGAUUGCAACCAGAGGAGACCCGAGGGACUACGAUACCUGGGCAAAAUUAGGUAAUGAAGGCUGGUCCUACAACGAAUUAUUGCAUUACUUCAAGAAGUUGGAGAGAUUAAAUAUCCCUGCGUAUAAAAAUGACACUGUUUUUCACAAUACUAAAGGACCUUUGAGUAUUGAAUACCCACCAUACCACACUCCUCUAGCAGAAGGUUUCCUGGAGGCUGGAUUGGAGCUGGGUUAUCCUCUGGUUGAUUAUAAUGGAAGGGAACAUGUAGGCUUCUCCUAUAUUCAAGCAACGUUAAAAAAUGGAGAAAGGGCAAGUACCAACAGGGCUUAUCUUCACAUAGCAAAGGAAAGGUCAAAUCUUUUUCUGACAAGAAACAGCAUUGCAGAGAAAAUUAUCAUUGAUCCAAGAACAAAUAAGGCUGUAGGUGUACAGUUUAAUAAAGAGAAUGUUAGCAUCAAAGUGCGAGCUAGAAAGGAAGUUAUUCUUUGUGCUGGUGCUAUUGGAUCUCCACAAUUAUUAAUGCUUUCUGGAAUUGGGCCCAAGGAUCAUUUGGAAGAUGUUGGAAUACCUCUUAUCAAGAAUGCACCUGUCGGAGAAAACCUAAUGGACCAUAUAGCAUACGGUGGUUUAGUAUUUUUAGUGGAUCAGCCGGUUUCGAUUUUACCACGAGAUGUGACAAAUCCUGCACGACCAUAUAUUCGACAAUAUUUCACCAACAGAUAUGGGCCAUUGUCAGUGCCUGGAUGUGUAGAAGCUCUGGCUUUCGUAGACGUUGAUCGACCUCGAGAUACAGAAAGUUAUCCCAAUGUCGAGCUUAUGUUUGUUGGUACCUCUAUGAUUGCUGGGGGUGGUUAUUAUCAAAAUGUUGGAAUAACUGAAAGCAAUUGGCAAGAGCUGUUUAGUAAAGUAGAGGGGCGACAUUCAUGGACUAUAUUCCCCAUGUUGAUGAGACCCAAAAGUCGAGGACGGAUUCUUUUAAAAGACAAUCGACCUUUGACUAAGCCUAGAAUUAUACCGAAUUAUUUGGAUGACCCUGAAGAUAUACGAGUAAUUGUAAAAGCUGUAAGGACUGCGAUUGAAGUGAGCAAGACAAGAGGCAUGCAAAGAUUUGGGUCCAAUCUGCUCGAGUUGCCGAUUAGUGGCUGUAAGAAAUUUCCACAUGGAUCAGAUGAAUACUGGGAGUGUGCGGUUAGGACCUUCACCUUCACUAUUUAUCAUCACUCUGGCACGUGUAAGAUGGGACCUGAACAUGAUCCGACGGCAGUAGUUAACCCGAGAUUACAGAUAUCUAACUUUUGGCACGACAACUACCUAUAGUGAAAGAAAAUCCGAGAACCAGAACGUUUAAAGGAGAAUUCUAACUUUUUCGAAUUUUUAUUUAAAUAUUUCAGAGUGCGUGGGUGAAUAAAACGCAUACUCCCGAUAAGAAUAUCAUGGUAAAUUUUUUCUUCUGUUUUUGAACAUCGAGUAAGAGUAAUUAUUAAGAGAAAAUUUGAGAACUGUGUGUUUAGAGGAAAGUUGGAAUUUUUCAGAUUUUUUUCAUCUACAUUUUAGAGUGUGUAGGUGGAUAAAUCGCAGUCUUCCGACAAGGAUAUUAGGAUAAAACUUUUUCUGAUAUUGUGCGACAUUAAGUGCAAGUGAUUGGUUAAAUAAAAUUCGAGAACCGC